AUGUUCUCAAAGGCAAAAUUGCAAAAGGAGAAGGAACAAAACGCUACUGGCGGAGACCAAAAGGCCACUGCUGGUGUUACUGGUAUCAUCUCUCAGGGUGGUGGCAGAAGCACUGGUUAUCAAAUCCGUGUCCAGAAAGAUCUCGACGAAUUGGAAAAGAAGUGGUCUGAUAAUCUCAAAAUUGAAGACGCCAACAAACUCAACAAGAUGACUCUCACACUCAUUCCUGAUGAUGGAAUUUGGAAGGGUCACCCACACGAAUUCGAAAUUAACAUUCCAAACGAGUAUCCAAUCAAACCACCAAAGGUUAUCUGUAAAACAAAAGUCUGGCAUCCAAAUAUUGACCAAAACGGUGCCGUCUGUUUGAACAUUUUGAGAGCCGAUUGGAAACCUGUUUUGAAUUUGAACGCCAUUUUCACUGGUCUUCACUUCCUGUUCCUCGAACCAAAUCCCGAUGAUCCUCUUGAUCUUGAUGCUGCCAAGCACUAUACCGAUCAAUUUGAAGACUUUAAACGCAAGGCUAAAAAUUAUAUGAAAGGUUCCUAUUACUAA